AUGAGGCCCCAGGAGUCUGAUCAUCCCAUUCCCGACUCUGAGCCGUGUGUGCGGUGCAAGAGAUCCGGCUCAUUAUGCAUCUUCAGUCCUCAGCAAAAGCCCGGCCGGCCGCCUCUCGGAAGCGAUUCCCGCGAGGCAACCUCAUCUGCCAUGUAUUCACGAAAGAGACCGAGACAGUCACUCAGUUCUGUGGACCUGCCGCAAUCUCCUCCUCCGACAUGCCCGUCUACCGUGACCUCGUUGCCCGAUUCGGCGCCAAUGGUGGGCUCGCUAGGCCUAAGUUCAACGUUAUUUUCACCUUUUACGACUGGUGACGAAUUGGGAGAUGGCUGCUACGAUGCAGACUUUUUAAUAUCAAUCCCGACAAUAUCAUCAAACGAUUCCCUGCCGUCACAAAGACAUAAUAGAUCUGUCAGUGAACGAAACACUACCAAUCCCAUCGUGGAUAUGAUCGAGAGGGAUACGGAGGAGCUGGGCAACCUUUGCCUCCAAGUCUGUCACGCAUCGAGGGCACUGUCUUCGUCAUAUCCAACAUCGCUGGCUGUAUCUUCACCAUCUCUAAACGAAAUAUUCGCUUCCACCGAGGCCCUAGUUAGCAUUAUUCAUCGAAAUACCAGCACCGGCUCUAAUAGCAAUAAAGAUAAUCUUUUUCCGAAUGCCGACUCUGCUGGUUUCAGUCAUCAGCCAGAUUGGGACGAGUUUCAUUGGCUUCAAGGCCCACCACACAAUCAAUGGGCGUUGCCACAAGUAUCCCCGACAGUCAACAGGGCCCCAGAUACGGGUGUGGUACUAAUGAUCCUGGCCUGUCAUCAGCGCCUUCUUGUGACUUUGGGGGGUAUUUUGUUUUAUAUUUCGCGGCAUCUCCGCCAGCAGAAACCCCGGGGGUUACCCAUCGGGACCUCUCCCUUUAUAGAAAUGCCAACGACGCAGGCUCUCAUUAUUGUGAACCUGGUCAGCCACCAGCUCGACCGACUGGAUCGAGCCGUCGGGCUUCUAGCCGAAGACGGCGAAACAACAAAGAGGCGCUCCGGUUCGGCAGCACAAAUGGCUGACUUAGGGGCUCUUUCACCUCUGUCUCCAGAGCAACUUCACUCUCCUCAGAUCGUCUCGGCUACUGAAAAGCAGCCAUCACAGAGCAAGCUAAAACCCACAGCCAAUGGCGAUGGUGACGAGCGUGGUAGUAGCCCUAGCACCGACAACUCGUCCAGCGGUUCUCACAAGGCCAUUACUUCAGCGAUAGAUGUGAUGAAACACCGUCAAGAACAACUGCAAAAGCAGAUGAAGGUAGUGAAGCAACAGAUUAUGAACUUUGACUCAAUCUGA